UAACUAACUUCCAGGCUAUGAGGCGUCCGUGCAAAGAAACAUUGACGGAGGAAGACAGUCAGGAAAUCGGUGAAGCAUCAACAGCAUCCAUUACAUCAUCAGUCAAAUCCGUGGGCCAAAAUUUGAACCGUUUGUAUAAGACAAUUCCCAAUUCAGCCAGAAAUGAACGAGGCAAAAAAUUACGUUUGGAAAAGGCUUCUGCAAAGCGUGAACGACAAAAGAUGCGUUUGAAAUUACGCGAAAAACUUGGUGAAAAAGCACUGCCGAAGGAACAGCCGCGAACGAUUGAAAGUACUCGUGAACAUGAUGUUACUAUGAUAGAAGAUGACGAUCAAGAGGUUCAGCACGAUGAAGCAAAUGAUGAGAUGAACGCGUAUUUUAGCAACGGAAUAUUACCGAAGAUUCUAAUAACAACCUCGCCUUAUGCUAAAGUGAAUACAUUCAAAUUCUGCUACGAAUUGCAAAAAUGCAUUCCGAAUUCUGAUAUAUUUACUCGUAAAGGAAUUCCUUUGAAAAGAGUGGUAAAGCAAGCAAAAUCCAAGGAAUAUACGGAUUUGAUUGUAGUGCACGAAGAUCGGAAGAUACCAAACGGUAUUGUUCUCUGUCAUUUACCAGAUGGUCCAACUGCAUUUUUCAAAAUUAAUAGUUUAACCUUUACGAAGAAUCUUAAGAAAAAAGGCGAAUCCACCAUACAUUAUCCAGAAUUGGUAUUAAACAAUUUCAACACUCGACUUGGGCAUACGAUUGCGCGAAUGUUCGCAUGUCUCUUUCCACAAAAAGCCAUGUAUACUGGGCGACGAGUGGUUACUUUUCACAACCAGCGCGACUACAUAUUUUUUAGACAUCACAGGUACGAAUUCAAAAAAGAAGGUGAAAAGGCGGCAUUACUCGAACUCGGACCUCGUUUCACAUUACGGCUAAAAUGGCUGCAAAAGGGAACAUUUGAUACUCGAUAUGGUGAAUAUGAGUGGGUCUUAAAGAGGCAUGAAAUGGAAUCCAGUCGAAGGCGAUUCUUCUUGUGAUAGAUUUGGUAAUUCUUCAAUUUAGCUGCUGUUAUGUUUUCAAAUAAAUAAAUUUGUGAACGAAAUGAUUCCUGCUUUUUAUUCAUAUAUAUUUUUUUUUCGGAAGUCAGUAUGCACUGUAUUAUGUACUG